GUAGUAGUAGUAGUAGGAACGUAACCGUUCGCCGUACCAUUGCCCGACGCGGCGUCGGUGAAUCGUCGAAGGAGAUCGCCUGGCGCCGGUUAUAUCGUGCGUUCUCUGGCUAGUUCGAUCGCGUUGAGCCGCGCGUACUUCACUCGGACGGUCGGCGGCGUAACGCGACGACGGAAGUUGAGAAAAACGCGGCAAACGAGCUGUGAAACUGACUUGGAACUGGUCAGGCGGGAAAAACCAGGUCACUCAUCGUUGGUAUCGCGUGGUAUCGGUGACUGGAGGAGACGCAAGAAACGAAAGUCGUAAAGGUAAAUGCGGCAAAGCGUGGACGCGCUUGCGCCUCACGGAGCACGGACGACCACGCGUUGCGACAACAGAGGAGCGGAAAGGGGGAGAGAGAGAGAAAGAGAGAGAGAGACACGCGGCGCAGUGUGAGAUUUUUGGAGGCGACGCGACGUGGGCUGUGAGGGAGCUGCGACGAAGUUGCCGGCAAAUAAACGAGAGAGGAAAGAGAUGCGAUAAUUGACUGCGAGUAAACGAAUAAGAAAAAGAUGCUUCGCGUGCGCACGGCAUCGUGUAAAGUGUCUCGCGUGCCGGAUCCUAGGUUAAACCGCGAGGAGGCGGGAAUGAAAUCAAACGCGUUUAUGGGUUUAGCAAAGUGGGAAUAAUUACGAUUUUACGAUCACACACACGUUCAUCGACACAACAAUAUCGUCACAAUUUCAGUUCCAAGAUAUCAAUCGUCGAAGGAAUCGAAAUUUAUCCAAAGGAGAAGAAUGAUUACUCCGCGAUCGUUUCUUUGCAACAGUGCGAAUCGCCGAUAGAUUUCGAAAGAAGGGAGAUUUAUCUGCAUCGAGGAAGCGAAUAGAAAAGGUGUGGAGAUCGAGCGAAAAGCAAAAUCGAGGAUCGACGUCGGUAAUGAGACAGGGAAAGGAAAACUGUUGAGAGGCGGUCGCGAGACAGGGGCAGUGCCGUAUCCUGGGGGCCCAGGGUAUGCGCAAGAUCUAUUAAUAAACUUGUAAUACGGUAGUAGUGGGGCGCUGUCCGCUAGCGGGUGAAAAUAGAAAAGAAUGUUUUUGGAAUCCAAUUGGACUUGGUUGGCCGAACGAUGGGGCAAUAUGGCCGACUUGGCCGAGCGGGUGGACGAUCUGAUAUGCAGUUUCGACUCGGCUGGUGACACGACCAUGGAUACCUUAUCGAUGCUCAUAUUCGGCUGGAUGUUGUUCGGAUUGAUGGUACUGUGCGUCGGCAAAUACGUUUACAAUCGGUUCGUUUUGAACGGGCUCGCCUCUGGGACAAUAGUUACCGCCAAGGACGGCCAUAUCGUCCACGGUGAUAGCGUCGGUGUCAGUGGUGGUGGUGGUGGUGGUGGUGGUGGCGGUGGCGGUGGUGGUGGUAGUGGUGGUGGUGGUGGUGGUACCGGUGGUGGCGGUAGUGGCGGCAAAUUGCUUGGCAAGCAAAAAAUCGUUUCGGGGACCGGGGCAGGUGGUGGCGGCGCCGGAUCGCUUGCUCAUCCGGCCGGUGGUGGUGCCGCCGGUCCAACUUCCGGUGUCUCGCCUUACGUCCCACCGACACCCCCUGUCCGCAAACGUCUCACCAGAAAGACGUCCGGCGCUUUGAUCAGCCCUGCGAGAAGCAGCAAAAGUUUGCAUCUGCCGACGGCGACUGGUGCCGAUCCCGAUGCUGUCCGCUGGGUCAACGAGGUUAUCGUUUGGCUCUACUCCGAUCCAGCGAUUUUGGACGAGCUGUUGGCCGUUUGGGUCUCGUCCCUCAAUCAAUUUACCGCCAACUCUGUCGACGAGCACGGAGUCGGAGUCGAAUUCGUUCGAGUUUUACCCGAAACCCAUCCACCGAAUCUCUCGAACAUUUUCUGCGAAUGCGACUCGAAGGACGACGUGACGAUCACGUGCGAUUGCGAGGCCACCCCAGCCUUACAGUUGAAAGCGUUCCGGCGGAAAGCUGAGAAACUCGAGGUCAGUCACUAUCGAGUAAACGUGAACCGUUUCCGCGCCCGAUUGAACGUCAUCUGCAUCACGGAGAAGCUUCUCCUCGAUUUGAAAUGCGACGGCUGGCCGGACGUGAAAGUUUCAUUGGCCCAAGUAGGCACGAUAAAGAAAGAUCUGGACGAGAGCCAGUUGCAAGAGGUCGUAACGGAAAUCGUGAUAGGCGCGUUAAGGGGGACCAACGUCCAUCUGAAUUUGUUCCAAUAUCCGAGCUGUCCGCGGUUAUGGAGGGAACCGGCGGCCACCCAGCCAACCUUUUCUAUGCCUAUGCACUACGACAACGUGCACACGUCGAGCAGCUCGCUUCAAAGCUCGCGGCAACGGCUUCAGACACAGAGCCCGACCUUGUCUCAAAACCAGUACGUGGUCAACGAUAGGCGGUUGCUCGUCAAAGUGGCGAGGGCCGCGGAAUUGGGCGGCGAGCAAGGUGCCGUGGAACCGUAUUGCGUCGUUGAAUUGGACGAGCCUCCGCAAAAGAAUCAAACGUCCGCGAAAAAGGAUACCAGAAACCCGUCGUGGGACGAAGCAUUCUUAUUCGAUGUUAAUCGAAACACGUCGGAAGUGUUGUUGGAGGUUUACGAUCGCGCGAAUAAAUCGCAACGAUUCUUAGGGCUGGGAAUCGUGGGGAUCGACGAGCUUCUCGCUAAUCCGAGUCAAAGGCAGAUAAUACCUCUUCAAAAUCGGCCCUACGAGGAAGAAGAUAUUACCGGCACAUUGACGGUUGAGUUUCUAUUCAUCGAGGGUGCGGAGGUGCCUCAAAUUGGGAACAAACCUUACAAGGUGAAGGAGACGAUAAAGCCGGUGUCACCGACUCCUCGUACCUACACCCCGACAAAUCUCAUCAGCGACAAUAGUCUAAAUUACAACAAUGGUAACAGCACACUUAUCUUGUACGACUCUACCGUUCAACCCGAAGGGGAUUACCUAACGAACGGGAACGUGGUGGACUCUCCUUACAGAACCGGCCAGAGCAACGGGAAUAAAGGGACGCUGAUAGUGCACAGCCAGCAAAGGCAGCCAGAGCGGCAGAUAGUUAAGGUCGCCCUAACGGAAAGCGGGAACUGGCAAGAGAUCUCUCCGGAGCACGGACCGAAAGAUACCAGCGUGACGUCGGGGCCGGAAAGCACACCGAAUUCUUCCAAUUCCGAAGAGAGGGGAAGAACGAGAAGAAAACGUCGAGAUUUCUUCGGCACGAUAAAGAAACGGCUGAGCCGAUCGAAGACGAGAAGCAGAUCGGUUGGACCGGAAGGUGAUGCGAAUCACGAGGAUCCACACUCGAGAUCUAUAUCCGCGGACAGGGCGCGUGAUCCUGGCUCGGCUCGUUUAUCGAUACCAGGGAGGGAGGAACAAUCGAGGAGAUCGAGUUUGAGCGAGGCAUCCGGUAUAAGCGGGGCGUCGACCAAAACUUACGUUAACGAGGCUUCUACGUUGGUCCUCGAAACGCUCGAGAACGGUAUCAAAAAGCAUUACCUGGUACCGUUGUCGCUCGCACAAAAAAGUAAGUGGCGAAAGAAGGGCACGAAGCUUCAUAUAUUUAACGAUCACACUUUCAUAGCGAAACACAUGGCCGGGGGGACGGUGUGCGAGGUGUGCAAGCGAACGCUUGCGCGAAGAUUAGGCAAGCAGGGUUACGAGUGUAGAGACUGUCAAAUGAAGUGUCACAAGCAUUGUCACGUCAAGGUAGAAAUUACGUGUCCCACGUCUACCAUUCAAAGCAUCGAAUUAACGUGCAUAAAAGUUCCACGGGCUGAGCGCAGAUCGACGAGUCGGUUGUGCUGAUCAACACUUGAACGAAUGCCUUCGAAUAAAUUGAAACGUUCAUCCUACUUGGGGACUCGUGUCGAAGAAAUUUCCUUUGUUGAAAUUAUCGUUCAAAUCGCUUCGUAGCCGCUUUAUAUCCGCGAGAGGGAAUCACGCAACAUACAAAUUAAUAUUUACACGACAUUGUAGACAAUCUUGAGCAAAGCAAAGCCGCGAGCUUGCUUAAACGAUAAGCGUUAAGAUUUGCACGAAGCGGCUUUGAACACCGUUCCGUUAUUCGCUAUUCGCUAUUAUCACGCCUUUUGAUCUAUACAAAUUAAUAAUACGAACACGUGAACACGUGUGGACACGAAAAAGCGAACGAAACGAAACGAUAUAAAAAAAAAAAAAAAA